AUGAUUUUAAACACCCUCAAAUGUAUUGUUAACAAGGGGAAUACAUCAAUAUUUAACAAAAAAUUUUCUAUAUUUGAAAUUAAAAUAAGAUGUAUGAAAAAUAAAAGAAGAGGGUUGAAGGAACAACCGCGAAAAAAACCACUAGAUAUUGAAAAGAAAAUUAGAAACCCUGAUAAAUAUGAAGAGAAGAUGCAUUUUGACAAUUUAAGUAAGGGUGAAUUGUAUUUACCCGAAUCAUGUAAAGGCAAAAAAUUAGCAAUGCUAUGUAAUCGUUUAUAUUAUUUUGAUAUUAAUGAUGAAGAAUUAUUAGAAAGAUAUGCUCAAAGAGCUAUUGUUAUUGCAAAUAAUAUGAGCACAAAGGAAAUGUCUUUAAUAUUAAAUACAAUGAGAAAGUUUAAUCAUAAAAAUGUUAAUCUACUAGAAACAUUCGCCAAAUAUAUACCAAGUAAGUUACACAAAAGUGUACCUCAAGAUAUAUCAUUAAUGCUAAAUGCAUAUGCACAUUUUAAUUAUGUAGAUAAUAAUUUGUUUAAUAGAAUAUGUGAAGAAAUUCCACAUAAAAUUCCAUACUUUGAGCAUAGUCAUAUAUCCAGUAUAAUAAAUGCUUUUUAUAAAUUAAAUAUAAAAGACAAAAUAAUAAUAUAUGAUAUGAUUGAUGAAUUAGUAGAUCGGAUUGAUGAGUUUGAUUCAAAAUCCUUAACAAAUUUAAUAAAUAGCUUAUCAAAAAUGAAUUAUAAAAAUAUAGAUAGACAAGUAGUUUGGAUUAAACUAUUUGAAGGUGUUAAAAAAAUCCACAAAGAUUUAAACGUGUUGGAAAUUGUAUUAAUAAUUAAUGGGUUCUGUAAAAAAAAUAUUAAAAAUAAAAAUAUUUAUAAUUUUUUAAAUGAAUGUUUAAAUGAUCAUAUAUUUCAAAAAAAAUCAAUAGAUGAUACUAAUGCUUAUUUACUUUGUACUGUUGCUCAAUCUUUUGCAAAAAUUAAAUUUUAUUCUAAAGAUUUCUUUAAUUUUGUUUUUGAUUUUUUUUCUGAAGAAAAUAAUUACACAUCUCUAGACACACAACAUUUUUCUCAGUUAAUUUAUGCAUUCUCGAUUUUUAAUUUAGAUGAUAAAAAAAAAUUUAUUGAUACAUUUAUCAAAAUAGUAUUAAAUAAAAUACAGAACAAGGGAAACAAACAAAUUGAACUAAAUGAGCAAACAUUAUCUACAAUUUCGUAUUGUUUAGCUAAAUUAAAAAUACGGGAUAUGAAUUUUUUUGUUUCCUUAUCUUCAUAUCUUAUUAAUGAAAAAAUAAAAUUAUCAGCACAAAGUUUAAGCUUAAUUUGUUAUUCAUAUUCUAAAUUAAAAAUUAAAUCAGAAAUAUUAUUCUAUAUUUUAUCUAUGCAAAUAUUUGAAAAAAUGCAUAUUUUCACAAAACAAGGAUUGGCUAUUAUUUUAAAUUCAUAUGCAAAUUUAAAAAUUUUUAAUGUCAAAUUAUUUUCAUUAAUUAACAAAUAUUUAAAACUAUAUAUUGAUACUUUUACUAAUUCUGAAUGUCUUUUAAUUUGCAAGCAUUAUGAAGGUGCUUUAAAAAGUUUAACUGAAGAAGAAGAUUCUGUAAAUGCACAAUCGAGCAAAUCUUCUCUUAUCAAAAUAAAUACUACCAAGCAAGAAUUGGAUAGCUUUAUUCAAGUUUUAAAAAAUAAAAUACAUAUUUUUGAAAAAAAUAAAGAGCUAAAAGGAUUGGGAAAUAAUGAAACAGAAAAUGGUAGCAUGAAUAAAUUUGAAGACACAAAACAAAAUGAGUUACUUAUAGAAUUAGAAGAUGGAAAAGAAGAAAAUGACGAUGAAUUUUUUUCCAUUUUCAACCAAAAUGAUAUAAUAAGUGGUGAAGAAGAAGAAAAAGGAAAAGAUAGCCAUAAUAAUGAUGAAAAAAUAAAAAUUACUAAACUUUUGUUAAAUAUGGACGAUGAAGUAGUAGCUGACUGCGAUGAUAAUAACCCUCCAAAAAAGGAAGACACUUUAAAUAUUUAUGAAAAAAUGUUCCUAACAAAUCCUAAAGAGCAAAAAAAUGCAUUUGAGAAAAAUAAUAUUCCUAUAAUGAAUGAACAAUUGAAUAAAAACCUUUCUAGUAUCCUAAAUAAACAAAACCAAGAAAUAGAAGAAAAAAAUAAAGCAUAUAUAAAAAAUAAAAAUGCUACAAAAAGCUUAUUAGAAUUAAUGACCUCAAAUAAGCCCCCUAAAAUAAAUUAUGAAAAAGAAAAUUUAAUAAAAUCGGCUGAACAAACUGAAACAGAAUUUAUAAAAGCAUAUAUUAAUGAACAAAAGGAAUCCACUGAAAAUCCAAAAAUUGGAAGACAUUUAAAUAAACGAAAAAAAAUGAUACAAAAAAUUUUGUCCAAAAAUUUUGAACCAAUAGAUAAUAUUGAUACAUUACAAAAAAAAUGGACCAAUGAAUAUAUUUCGAAAGAUACAUAA